GGGGCAGGCAGCGUGCGCAUGGAAUCACUGUGUUUCUCUCGGCUCCCGAAGUCGCAGGACCAGUUAUUCUUUGACGAGCGAUUUCUCUCUGGCGCUUUUCAAGUGUCAGUGCAUCUGGAGAUCUUGGGUGGCGUCUGUGCAUAUUCUUGUCGAACAAAAGCAACAUCAUGGAAGGUUCUGCAAACAAACCUCGGUGUCCCUUCAGUAGGCCACAGACUCUCAUCAAUUAUGAAUCUUCGAAGGAAGCUACGGAUGUCCUGCACAUGAAGGCUGAUGAUCCUGGCGUCUGCACAUCCAUCGUGUGUAAAGGGUCUUUGAUGGGAUCAAGAAAAAUCUCGCUGGAAAACAGGCAACCAAGUGAGGUUCUCCAGCAAGCCAAGGAAUUUUUGGAUGAAUACUACAAGGAAACUAAAAGGUUCGAGAGCAAGGAGCACCAAGCCCGCCUUCAGGAAGUGACCCAGAAGGUGAUUCGAACCGGCACUUACGACCUGACCCUAGAUGAGCUCGAGUUCGGAGCCAAACUGGCCUGGAGGAACGCCCCUCGCUGCAUCGGCCGUAUCUCCUGGAACACUCUGCAUGUAUUCGACGGAAGGAACGUCAAAACGGCAAAGGAAAUGUUCGCAUUGAUGGUGAAGCACCUUGAUUACGCCACCAACGGAGGAAACAUAAGAUCGACGAUCACUGUGUUCCCUCCGCGGAAGGUCGGACAGAGAGACUUCCGCGUCUGGAAUCAGCAGCUGAUCGCCUUCGCCGGGUACGAGCAGCCCGAUGGUACCGUGAUCGGCGAUCCCGCCCACAAGGAGUUCACCAAGAUUUGCCAAGAGCUGGGCUGGAAGGGCAAAGGUGGUCAGUUCGACAUCCUGCCCUGGGUGGUGUCGACGCCCACAGGGGAACCAGAGUGGUUCGAUAUCCCGGAAGAAAGUGUGCUCUUGGUUCAUCUCAAGCAUCCAGAGUACAAAUGGUUCGAGGAACUGAAUAUAAAAUGGUUCUGUGUUCCUGCUGUUUCCUCAAUGAUGCUGGACUGUGGAGGACUCCAGUUCUCAGCAGCGCCCUUCAACGGGUGGUACAUGGCUUCAGAGAUCGCCACACGGGACCUCUGCGAUGUCCAGCGGUACAACUUACUGCCGAUGUUUGGAGAGAAGCUCGGUCUCGACACAAAAUCUCCAGCCAGCCUCUGGAAGGACAAGGCGACCCUGGAGAUGAACAUAGCUGUCUUGCACUCUUUUAAGGAGAAGGAGGUGACCAUCGUCGACCACCACACGGCUGCGGAGACCUUCAUGCAGUUCCACAGCAAUGAAUAUCGGCAGAGGGGCGGCUGUCCAUCCGACUGGGUGUGGAUCGUGCCUCCUAUUUCAGGCUCCCUGACGCCCGUGUUCCACCAGGAGAUGACACUCUACUACCUGAAGCCCUCCUACGAAUACCAGAUUCCUGCAUGGGUGGCCCUCCAACGCCAGAACAAGAUGCUGAGUGGUGAGGACACCAAAACGGGAAACAGCCCCAUCCAGAAAUUCAGGAGAGCAGCUCUAUGUGUCUACUUUGCUACAACCCUCUAUAGUGGUGCCCUAGCCAAGAGAAUUCGCAUAGCCAUCAUCUACGCCUCAGAAACAGGAAAAGCUCAAGGAUAUGCUAACAAUCUUUAUGAAUCUUUCAGCCGGAGAUUCAAUCCUGAGGUCAUCUGUAUGGACGACUAUGACAUCAGCAGACUAAGCAGUGAAACCAUGGUGGUCAUGCUGGCUUCUACAACUGGUGUUGGAGAACCUCCUCAAAAUGGAAAGGAAUUCACAAGGAAACUCUACGAGCUGAGAGAACGGGGCAGCACCAGUGGAUCACAUGAGAAUUUCGUGUCGUUUUGGGAUGACUACAAUGAUAUCAAAGUCAAUGGCAUAAGUGCAGAAGCAAAAUCAGACAGUGGCAUCUCAAGUGAGGAAAAGCUCCUCUCUAGAAAGAAUAGAGGCUUCUUCUCUCGCCUUGUCAGGAAGAUACGUCGAAGGAAAAGCCUUGAUAUCAUGGAUAGCCGCCAGGAAGGGUACGAAUCCAGUUACUACCUGAGCACCACCAACCUCUACAAGAGCACCUAUAGUUUGGCCAAAAGCACAAACAGCCUCUUCAGAAACCUCAAUCAAGCUAGUGAUGUCACCUAUGCUGUUUUUGCUCUUGGAUCUACUAACUACAAGCACUUCUGUGCCUUCGGCAAAUAUGUUGACCACCUCAUGUUCACUCUUGGAGGAGACAGGAUCUUGGACUUGACAUGUGGAAAUGAAACUGAAAAUCAGCAAGACACCUUCAAUUCAUGGGCUAACCGGCUUUUACAGGCUUGCUGUGACCGAUUCCAGGUAGAGCACUGUGCCCAUGAGGGCUACUUAGGAAGUCAGGUGUCCAGCAGCAAACACGUCAAGUUUGUUGAACGCAACAAUCCAGUCAAAUUAACUAAUGGCUUUUCAGGACUACAUAAGAAGAAGGUUGAGUCAUGUAUUGUGACGGGAAGUCAGCCUUUGUUUCAAGAUGGACACAAGUGGUAUCACAAACUGACAGUUGACACAGGGAACAAUCCUUCAUUGCAAUAUGAGGUAGGAGAUAACAUUGGCAUCUUUCCCUCAAACAAUUCAUCCUUGGUUCAUGGUAUUCUGGAGAAGCUUAACAACUGCAAGGAUCCUGAUAUGAAUGUGGAAAUUUUCAUACGCAAACAAGAAGGAGACUCAUGGUUACCUCAUCCGAACCUACCUGUGUCCAGCAUCCGAAUUCUUUUGAAGAGAUAUCUGGACAUUACAACACCUCCAUCCCAAGAGUUAUUGAAGUUGAUGGCUUCAGGGGCAACCAACAACAAGCAACGCUCUCGGUUAAACCUUUUAGCCACGGACAUUGAUGAAUAUCGUACCUGGAGGAAAGAGAAUUAUCCUAACCUGCUGGAGGUUCUGAAUGAGUUCCCUGGCGUGAAGAUAGACAUUGAACUACUGCUGUGCCGCCUUCCUCUCUUGCAGCCACGUCUCUACUCUAUAAGUUCCUCACCAGAUUUAGAAGAGGGAGAAUUGACUCUUACAGUAGCCAGCUUCAACUACAGAACCCGAGAUGGUAAAGGGGUGUUGCAUGAGGGCGUCAGCACCUCCUACAUCAGGACACUGAAGCCUAGAGACAGAAUCGAGUUGUUCCACAAAAGUGUUCCUGAGUUCCACCUGCCUGAUGAAGGGCGUUCACCAAUCAUUCUUAUUGGGGCUGGAAGUGGUGUUGCGCCUCUGCGUGGGAUUUGGCAGCACUAUCACUACCAGUACAACAUUAAUCACACAGGUCAGCGGCGCAAAAUAACACUCUACUUUGGAUGCCAAACCCGAGCUAAUAACCUUUAUGCAGAAGAAAAGGCUGCCAUGUGUCGAGCCAAAGUACUGAAGGAAACCUAUCUGGCACUAUCCAGGGAACCUAAGAUGCCUAAGACCUACGUUCAGGAUCUGUUGCUCGUGAAUGGGAAAGAAGUCUACAAACAGCUGGUGGUGAAAGAAGGACAUGUCUACAUAUGUGGUAGUGAAAGCAUGGCAGAUGGUGUCUCCAUGACACUCCUAUCUAUAAUCCAAGAUCAUGGGAAGAAGACUCUUAUGCAAGCAAAAAAUGUCAUUCAAAAAAUGAAGGAUGAACAUCGCUACCAUGAAGAAGUUUUUGGUAAUGGAUCAACAUUAUAGCACAAAGGAGUAACAGAGUCAGGAAUUUGACAAAAGGAGCAUUACCUGGGAGCAAAUCCUUGUGGUCUUCACUCAGGUAAUGACUCAACAGUAUAGCACAAUGGAGCACCAGAGAUGGGAUGCUUACAAUAGGAGCAUUACCUGGGAGGAAAUCCUUUGUGGUCUUAGCUCUCCAUUCCCACAUGAAAUGUAUUCAUAUCAUUAAUAAAAGCUUAUCUUUGUCUUUAGCUAUGCAGGUAACACUGCAUGAUUGUAAGGCAUCAAAAUGGGAAAAUUAACGUUCCAUCAAAGAAACAUUGUGAAGAGAAAGAACCACAGCUUCUGUUGUUAAUUUAGAAUAGUCUGAAGGCAAAAGAAAAAAAACCUUGAAUUUUGCUAAUUAAUAGUUAAAUGGACAAUAACCUGAGUAACUUGUGGAACAGUCAAAUGGUCAUGAACUUGCUUGACAAGUUUCCACAGAAUAAACCAAAAGACAGCAAAGAUGAUAGGGCUCUGUGUAAGUGCAUAUUUCAAAUACUUAGUAAUAGAAUAUAUAUCAUUGAUGAUAAUGCAAACAAAAAACUGAAUAAAUAGAUUAAGGAAAGUUUGCUUAAAUGUAUUGUUAAACAAUAGAAAUAGAAAGAACACUUUUUAUUUAUAUUUAUACUCAAACUAGCACUCAAAUGGCUUGCCUACACUAUGAUUACCACUGUGGAUCAGUGAGACCAGUCAUUAUUCUACAUAGAAAACAACAUAGAAAGAAUAUAAAAAUGGCAAAACGCUACAAGAAGCUACAAAUAUACAACAUUGUCUAUAGUUACUUCUUGGCAUGGAACUUUCUUCCACUAAACUAGAAAUUUUAUAGCUAUUAAAAUUAUCGGUGAUAUCAGAGAAAAUAUUGACCAGUCUGUAUUUGUUGACUUGGUACAGUACUUGAAUAAUGUCGAGAUCUAUAAGGAAUCAAAUUCUAUCUUUUGUAAAAUUCACACAAAUUAUAUUUUCGCUGUAAGUCUGAAAUGCAAAUAAAUAUUUUUUUAUAAUAUAAA